AUGUCCGAGCGAGAUAAUGAUGGAAUGAAUUCUGCUGGUCCUGGAACCAAACGCAACCGUAUUGACCACAAUCCGGAGAUUGGUACCAACUCUCUACUGGCAAUCGACUUCAUUGGCGUAAAGUUGGAUACUGGUGUCAUCAAUUUAAUUGGUUUGCGCUGGGACAUCGAGGUCACUCGUGGUCCCAAAAUCCACCCCAAAGACCUGUGGGACCUCGAUGAUUCUACUCAACAAAAGCGACUGGCCGUCCUUGCUAGUUGA